UGACGCAAGCGCCCCCCCACCGCCGCUAGAUCCGCUGCUGCUGCCGCGGCGGGCGGACCUGCAGGAGGAGGCGGCGGCGGCGGCGGCGGCGGCGGCCGAGGCUGAAGGAAGAUGGCGGACGGCGUGGACCACAUAGACAUUUACGCGGAUGUCGGCGAAGAAUUCAACCAGGAAGCUGAAUAUGGUGGGCAUGAUCAGAUAGAUUUGUAUGACGAUGUCAUAUCUCCAUCUGCAAAUAAUGGAGAUGCCCCAGAAGACCGGGAUUACAUGGAUACUCUCCCACCAACUGUUGGUGAUGAUGUGGGUAAAGGAGCAGCACCAAAUGUUGUCUAUACGUAUACUGGAAAGAGAAUUGCAUUAUAUAUUGGAAAUCUAACAUGGUGGACAACAGAUGAAGACUUAACUGAAGCAGUUCAUUCUUUGGGAGUAAAUGAUAUUUUGGAGAUAAAAUUUUUUGAAAAUCGGGCAAAUGGCCAGUCAAAGGGGUUUGCCCUUGUUGGUGUUGGAUCUGAAGCAUCUUCAAAAAAGUUAAUGGAUCUGUUGCCUAAAAGAGAACUUCAUGGUCAGAAUCCUGUUGUAACUCCAUGCAAUAAACAGUUCCUGAGUCAAUUUGAAAUGCAGUCCAGGAAAACUACACAAUCAGGACAAAUGUCUGGGGAAGGUAAAGCUGGUCCUCCAGGAGGCAGUUCCCGUGCAGCAUUUCCACAAGGUGGUAGAGGACGGGGCCGUUUUCCAGGGGCUGUUCCUGGUGGGGACAGAUUUCCUGGGCCAACAGGACCAGGAGGGCCACCCCCACCUUUUCCAGGAAAUUUGAUCAAGCAUCUUGUUAAAGGAACUCGGCCUUUGUUCCUGGAAACUAGGAUUCCAUGGCAUAUGGGGCACAGCAUAGAGGAAAUACCCAUUUUUGGCCUAAAAGCUGGACAGACUCCACCACGUCCACCCUUAGGUCCUCCAGGCCCACCUGGUCCAGCAGGUCCUCCACCUCCUGGUCAGGUUCUGCCUCCUCCUCUAGCUGGGCCUCCUAAUCGAGGAGAUCGCCCUCCACCACCAGUUCUUUUUCCUGGACAACCUUUUGGGCAGCCUCCAUUGGGUCCACUUCCUCCUGGCCCUCCACCUCCAGUUCCAGGCUACGGCCCCCCUCCUGGCCCACCACCUCCACAACAGGGACCGCCUCCACCUCCAGGCCCUUUUCCACCUCGUCCACCCGGUCCACUUGGGCCACCCCUUACACUAGCUCCUCCUCCGCAUCUUCCUGGACCACCUCCAGGUGCCCCACCGCCAGCUCCGCAUGUGAACCCAGCUUUCUUUCCUCCACCAACUAACAGCGGCAUGCCUACAUCAGAUAGCCGAGGUCCACCACCAACAGAUCCAUAUGGGCGACCUCCACCAUAUGAUAGGGGUGACUAUGGCCCCCCUGGAAGGGAAAUGGAUACUGCAAGAACGCCAUUGAGUGAAGCUGAAUUUGAAGAAAUCAUGAAUAGAAAUAGGGCAAUCUCAAGCAGUGCUAUUUCGAGAGCUGUGUCUGAUGCCAGUGCUGGUGAUUAUGGGAGUGCUAUUGAGACAUUGGUAACUGCAAUUUCUUUAAUUAAACAAUCCAAAGUAUCCGCUGAUGAUCGUUGCAAAGUUCUUAUUAGUUCUUUGCAAGAUUGCCUUCAUGGAAUUGAGUCCAAGUCUUAUGGUUCUGGAUCAAGACGUGAACGAUCAAGAGAGAGGGACCAUAGUAGAUCACGAGAAAAGAGUCGACGUCAUAAAUCCCGUAGUAGAGACCGUCAUGACGAUUAUUAUAGAGAGAGAAGCAGAGAACGAGAGAGGCACCGGGAUCGUGACCGAGACCGUGACCGAGAACGUGACCGAGAGCGCGAAUAUCGUCAUCGUUAGAAGCUGAAGGAAGAGGAUCACCUUCCAAGACAAAACAGUCUUCAUGGGGGAAAAAUGACGCUUGUCCAGCAGUUUGCUUCUUGUGAUUGAACUGAACCUGUAAGGAUUCAUGGAUAAAAUGAACAGGAAUAGAUCUGAAUAAAGCAAAUCUGCAUAAAUGGUAACCAGUAGCUCUACUUUUAUUUUUUAUGUUGCUUAACUGUUUUAUUUGAAGGAAACCUGUGUGAUUUAAAAAGUUAUAGCUUUUGCAACUUUAUUACUGGUUAUAUACAUUUGGCCAUUAUAAUGUGCAAGCAAUUGGAAAAAAAGUCAAGUAAAUGCUUGUUUUUGUAGUAGUUUGUUCUUGUUAAAAAUGUUUAUAUGAUAAUGUCUGUAAACAGCAUCACUUUGAUUACAAUAGAUGUAGUGUUGUAAUAAACUGUUUAAUGGGG